CGCAACCUCCAAACGAUAAAUUCACUUGUCUGGGGUGGGGCACGUAAUUCGAAUUAACUCAUUUAUAAAAUGAGACAAUUGGUCAAAUUGUCUCAUUUCUAUAUUGAUCCAUUCAAACGACCCCAUAAUUUUUGUCGUGCUCCUUUUUUUCUUUACUAAAAUAUGUGAUCUGAUUUAUUGAUUAGACCAAGCGGUUACAUGAUCAAGUUGAAGCUGAUUAACAAGAAAAUUUGGAGGCGUAUCAAGCCAAACUACACGUUCAUUCCCGUUAGUUUCUGCGUGAGCCAUCACAUGGGCGGCUUCAUUGGCUUCCCUGCUGAUGUGCUGCCAUCUUCCUUCUCCCGUGACCUCUAGAAAUCGACGAAUACUUGUACACAAGACCCCUGUCUCAUCACGCAUCGCAGCUAGGGCUGCAAAUGAGUCAAGCCGCUCGCAAGCAACUCAUCGUUCGAAUCGGGAAAAACUCUUUCGACACUUUGCUCGUUAUUUAACAAGCCGACUUGCGAGCCUACUCGUUAGUAAAUGAGCCAAGCCUAAGCUACCAUGCUCAGCUUGAUAUGCUCGUGAGCUAGCUUGACUCCAAGGCUUGUUGAGCUAAGCUCGCGAGCUGAGAGCUUGUGGACGGAUUAAUUACUCUUUAUAAUAUGAUCAUUAUCUUGUUAAUACGGAUGUGUAUGGAAGUUAGUUGUUAUUUUUAGUUUCUAGUGUUCUUUUUAUCAUUUAAAUUCAUAUGUGUGCACGUUCUUUUAGCAAGAAUAAGUUCAAUUCGAGCUCAUUUGUAGCCGAGCUUGUACUCAGAUUGACAAGCUUUUCAACAUCUUUUAAGAAGUAAUUUUGAUUGUUUUUAGAUUUCCAACUUGUCUCCUAUCAAGAUAAGGUACACUUUCAUUUAUCCAUAUUUUAACUGCAUUGUUGUGCUAAACAUGUGUUGAAUGCUUUGAGGACUUGAAAUGCUCAUCUUCGUCUUGGCAUGAAUUUUUGAUGCCAUAGGAUUGCUUUAUUUGCUUUAAUGAUCUUGCUAUGCAUUAGGGAGACCUUGGUGGGCUAUUUUCAUGCAUUUAUUGAGUUUUCAAAGACCCCAACUACAUAGUCCCUCUUUUCAUCAAUCCUACUCUUUGAUCAUAAACUCCCAUGCACUUGUCAACUCUUGUUUACUUGAUUGUGUGUUGUUUGGGGAGAUCCUAGCAUAUUGUGUUGUUAGUCUCACUCCAAGUGUGGGGGAAACUUAGAGAGUUGAUAAGAGUUCUUUGAAUAUUCCUUUUAUGGUAUGUGAUGUUUGGAUUGAUGGUUUGUGCAUUUUGUACUUUUUGUUUUAAGGAUAAUUUACAAGACUAAGGAAAUGGCCCGUGGAGAGAGUUCUUCUAAUAUGGAGCAUUCUCCACCUUCUCAUCUUCGCCAAGGCCAUCGGAAGAAGAAAAAUAAAUUCGGGCCAAAGGAAGUAGUUGUCGAAGAACCACAUCCACCAUCACUCUCUCUCCAUCUACCAAGGGUGAACCAUCAAGAUAAUGAAGCCAAUAUUGGAGGCGGCAUAGAGCACAUCACUCACUAUUAUUUGGACAAUGUCCCCGAGAAAUUUAAGACCAAACUUCUGUGGGUUCAAGGACUUCCUCUAAGCGAGAGUACAUGUCUCAACUGGAUACUUUUCACGCAACUUAGGAUCGAGGAUGCGAUCUGAUCCAAGAUUCAGAAGUUGGAGUGGCUUAAGUUAUUAUCCACUCAAGAAAGCAUCUACUGGGUACUUGUUCUGGAGUUCAUUAGAACUCUUAGCAUUCAAGAUAUGAAAGGUGCCUCUGAACUUGAAGACAACAUCCAAUUCCAACUAGGAGGAGAGCAUUGAUUCACCGGAAGCUUUUGCCACCUUGACAAGAGAAUCUGACUUCCCAUGUUUCAAGUCAUUCUAUGAAUCUGAAGUCAAGAAAUCAAACAGUCGACCAUGGGAUGUCAAGUUAUCAAAGGCUAGUGUGGUGAAACUGGAGUGGCGGCUCAUCUACCAUGUGAUUGCUAGAUUCGUGGGUGGAAAAAACUUAAGCAAAGCAAUUUGACUGUCCGAGACGUCACCUUCUUCCAAAGCAUGCACCUACCUCAAUCUCUUUACCUCGGUUUGGCCAUCUUGUCCAUCUUCAAGCGUAAUGAAAUGGAUCAUCAACUCGCUGCCCUUCAUGGAAGAGUUUUUGUCACACGUCUUGCCAAGUUUUUCCAAGUCGACUUUGGGCCGUGCAAUUUCAGUUGGAUAGUAGGACUAAUCAUAUUUCUUUUGAUGCCUUGAAGCCGAGAAUCAAAGUGUUGCACAUUAAUGACGAUGGCAUUUGGAGAGUAUGGGGACUUCCAUUUCCAACUACUAAUACGUUGGACGUGGAGGGUACCGUGUUUCGCCUUCCGGAAGCUACGGCGGUAAGAGGACGAAGAUGAAUAGUCAACGAGGAAGAACAAGUGGGAAGCAUGUAUGAGGGAGGAGAGGCGCCUCCAUCCACUUUUCAUCCGGUUCCCCCAACACUCAACAAUGCAAGGGAUUACCGAGUGGAAGCGAAGAUAGAGGCUAUCUUUCACAAUCAAAGGAGGGAGAAGAAAGCGCAACUCCACAUCAUGUCAUGCAUCCAUUCUAUAAUGAAGAAGAUGGAUAUUCCGAUUGAAGAUGUAUCGCCUCAACUUGUUCGCUCCCCUCCCCUUGCGCCAUUCCAAGAAGAAGAAGAAGGACCCUCCGAGGAUGAUUAAGUACUAGGCAUCUAGGGCCUAAGUUCUAUCUUUUCUUUUUCUUUCUUUUACCUUAAAACAAUGUUUAAUUAUCGCUUUAUUUCCGUUUUACUUUUCGUGCUUUUAAUAUUCUAGUAAUAGUAUUAAUCAUACUUAUAUUAUCUAUUUAUCAUACCUAUAACUAUUAAUCGUCUUCCCCUCUUUUUUAUGCGCUUUAUCAUUGUGAAAACCAUCAGGAAGACAAAGACACACUUAUGUACCUUCACCAACCCAUAACCCAACCUAUAGUAACCAUCAUGAUCUUCUCAUUUGAAUCUCCCACAUUGAGGACAAUGUGUUGCUCAAGUGUGGGGGUGUGUGAAUGCUUGAAUGAUUAUCGUGAUUGAUUGAGCCAUGAAUUGCUAGUAUCCUCUCUUGUUGAUGAAUGCUUAUGGGAGUGUAUGCUAGUGAUUGUGUGUGUGUUUGUGGUGUGAGUGGCCAAAUGAUAGUGUUUUGGAACCUUGAAUGCAUUACCCAAUUUUUUUUCAAAUUUGAGGGUUCCAAAGCACCUUGUUCAUUACAACUUCCUACUCAAUAUGCCUUGAACUGAUAGAUGAAUAAUGUGUCGUGCUCGCUACAGAGUAGUUGCAUGAUUAGAGUAUCAGUGUAUGAAGGAUUUUAAUCUCUUCUACCUCUUUGGUGAGUUGAUAAUGUUUGCUAUUUUAGGAAAAACAUGUGUGUGGGAUUCUCCAUUAUUGUUGAACUCGAAGCUUUUACAUAUUUUUGCUUAAUAUCUUUUAAAAAAGAGGUUCUCACGUGAGAGGCAACCGGCCCUCAAGGUUUGGAAUGUCCUUUUAGGAUAUGUUUAGGGAUCGAAUAACUUUACCGCGUCCCGCCCAUCUCUCACUACUUACCAUCCCCCAAAAUUCUUUCCUCCUCACGGAAUCGUAUGUCAAGAUAAUAAAGUACCUUUUAGAGA